CAGCGCACAAAGGAGAGGACGCGGCGGAGGACGCGGCGGCGCGCACGGUGCUCGGAACCCUGGCCAGCUGCACUGCCUGGAGAUGUCGGGGGUGCUGGUAAUUGCAGCCUGGUGCUUCCUGCAAGUGGAGAGCCGGCAUCCUGAAAUCAUCACGAGUAAUAGCAAUCAUGGCAAUUUCCUGGACAACGAUAAAUGGCUGAGCACUGUUUCGCAGUAUGAUAAAGACAAGUACUGGAACAAAUUCAGGGAUGAUGAUUAUUUCAGAAACUGGAAUCCAAACAAGCCUUUUGAUCAAGCACUUGAUCCAUCCAAAGAUCCGUGUUUGAAGGUGAAGUGCAGCCCACAUAAAGUGUGUGUCACUCAUGAUUAUGAAACUGCUAUUUGUGUGAGCCGCAAGCAGCUGGUACACAGCCUUCGACAGAAGAAAGGAAACUUGGCCCAGAAGCACUGGACUGGACCAGCUAACAUAGUAAAAUGCAAGCCUUGCCCUGUGACACAUGCCAAUGCUGUCUGUGGAUCUGAUGGACAUACAUAUACUACCAAGUGCAAGUUGGAGUUUCAUGCAUGUACUUCUGGCAAAACCAUCACAGCUCGAUGUGAAGGGCCUUGCCCCUGCCUUCCAGGGCCUGAAAGUUCUAAACACAAGAUGGAGAAGAGUGCUUGCACAGACAAAGAGCUGAGGAACCUUGCUUCACGACUAAAAGACUGGUUUGGUGCUCUUCAUGAGGAUGCAAAUCGUGUCAUCAAACCAACGAGCUCGGAGACAGCACAAGGCAGAUUUGACACCAGCAUACUACCAAUCUGUAAGGAUUCCUUAGGCUGGAUGUUCAACAAACUUGACAUGAACUAUGACCUGCUGCUGGAUCCCUCGGAGAUCAGUGCCAUUUAUCUGGAUAAGUAUGAGCCAUGUGUCAAGCCUCUCUUCAACUCUUGUGACUCCUUCAAGGAUGGAAAGCUUUCAAAUAACGAGUGGUGCUACUGCUUCCAGAAGCCAGGUGGUCUUCCUUGCCAGAAUGAAAUGAAUAGAAUUCAAAAGCUAAGCAGAGGGAAGAGUCUGUUGGGUGCUUUCGUCCCACGGUGCAACGAAGAAGGUUAUUACAAAGCCACUCAGUGCCAUGGCAGCACAGGGCAGUGCUGGUGUGUUGAUAAGUACGGGAAUGAGAUAGCCGGCUCAAGAAAGCAAGGGACAGUUAGUUGUGAAGAAGAGCAAGAAACAUCAGGGGAUUUUGGCAGUGGUGGAUCUGUUGUAUUGUUGGAUGAUUUGGAAGACGAACCUGAAGCAGCAAAAAAAGACAAAGAAGGGAAACUGAAGAUUCACGUAAGAGCAGCUAAUGAAGAUGAUGAAGAUGAAGAUGAUGACAAGGAUGAUGAAAUUGGUUAUAUAUGGUAGUGCCCAUCA